GGCCUCAGCGAGCCCAGAAAAACGACAACGCGAGAAAAAUUAGUAUUUUUGCACUUCACAAAUUAAUGACCAUGAGCUCGUUUUUGAUAAACUCCAACUACAUCGAGCCCAAGUUCCCUCCCUUCGAGGAGUACGCGCAGCACAGCGGCCCGGGCGGCGGAGACGGCGGCCCAGGCGGGGGCCCCGGCUACCAGCAGCCCCCGGCGCCCGCGACCCAGCACCUGCCGCAGCAGCAGCCCCAGCUCCCUCACGCAGGCGGCAGCCGUGAACCCCCUGCCUCCUACUACGCGCCGCGGGCCGCCCGUGAGCCCGCCUACCCCGCGGCCGCACUCUACCCCACUCACGGUGCCGCGGACGCCGCCUACCCCUAUGGCUACCGCGGCGGCGCUAGCCCCGGGCGGCCACCACAGCCGGAGCAGCCCGUGGCACACGCCAAGGGCCCGGCUCCGCACGGCCUGCACGCGAGCCAAGUUUUGCAACCUGGGCGGCAGCCCCCGCCACCACCUCCCCCGCAACACCGUGCUGCGCCCCCUGCGCCCCCGCGGCGCUGCGAGGCAGCCCCCGCCACUCCAGGCGUCCCUACAGGGGGCAGCGCCCCCGCGUGCCCGCUGCUCUUGGCGGACAAGAGCACGCCGGGCCUGAAGGGCAAGGAGCCCGUGGUGUACCCCUGGAUGAAGAAGAUCCAUGUCAGCGCCGUCAAUCCCAGUUAUAAUGGAGGGGAGCCCAAACGCUCUCGAACAGCCUACACCCGGCAGCAGGUCUUGGAGCUGGAGAAGGAGUUCCAUUUUAACCGCUACCUGACCCGGCGCCGCCGCAUCGAGAUCGCCCACACUCUCUGCUUGUCUGAGCGCCAGGUCAAGAUCUGGUUUCAGAACCGGAGAAUGAAGUGGAAGAAAGAUCACAAACUGCCCAACACCAAGAUGCGAACCUCCAACCCGGCCUCGACCUCUGCUGGCCCGCCAGGAAAAGCACAAACUCAGAGCCCACACCCUCAUCCUCACUCUCUUCCUGGUUCCUCCACACCCAUUCCCUCUUCCAUAUAAUGUUCUAGAGACCUAGUCAGUUUCUUGUGCGUCCCUUACCUGUUUUUCUUCUCUCUGCUCCUGCCCAUUUCUCCAUCCCUCUCUCCCCAUCUGGUUCAUAACAGACACCAAAACAAAGCCCAACUUGGUGAAAAGGAUAACCAAAAAAGAAGACAUUAUUCCCAGGAAGAGUGUGUGCUGAUUGCCACCCUAGAGAGGACACUUGUCCAGGUUGCUGCUUGGUGGCACAACCUGCUGGCCUGGGUUUGUAUACCUGAGAAGAACUACUUGGUAUCGCAUAUAUUUAAGAUGUCUGAAGUCAGCUGGACAUAACAUACUGACUGGAGACAAUGUAUUUGUAUAUUUGUUGCAAGAGGAAAACAGACCUUUUCCCACCCUCUUUACCUCCUCCUUCUCCAUUAGGGCAGCUCAUACAAACCGUGUAUUGAACUGAAUAAAUGAGUGGACAUUG